AUGGCGACGCCCAGUGAACUGUCUCUCGAGGAGAUUCGCAAAUAUUUGUUGGAAAACGGCGGCACUGCUCGUAAUCACGACGUGGUGAAGCACUUUAAGAAAUUCCUAACGGACCCGGAAACACGAGGGUGAAAAAUAUUUGGUUCUGAAGAAGAAGUAUCGUCAAAAUUCAUUGGAACUGACGACUCCUGAUCAAAUCUCGUCACCCAUUGGCACUCCCGACGUAGCCACCCCGGUCUCUCCUUUACGAGUCCCGCCACCUUACCGACCACCACCUCCCGCACCCCUCAGUCCACCGGCAAAUAACGCAAGUACACGCCGCGAGCAGCCGUGUUUGAAUUUUUCCCGCGAAGAAGCCGGGAUAAAUGACGCUGACCGUGUCGAGACCGGAUUUUCAACGUCGUCACCUCCCGUACCGCCACGACGUAAAGGUCAAGAUAAGAUCAAGAUCGAGAAUAAGGAGAAUGUGGACAGGAAUAGAGGAGGAUCAGAGGCUGUUAUCAAGGAAGAUGAGGCUGUCGCGACAAAUCCGGGAUCAACCGAGCAAUUAAGCUUCCGUGAGCGGAUGCAACGUUUCAAUCGGAUGGCUAGCGAGACCGAUCUCCAAGGCAGAUCUAAUGGCACUAUCACACCUACUAAAAAGCGAUCCGACAAGGUAAUCGACAAUCUUUUAAUAAUUCCUUUCUUUCCUCCUUCUGACAGACGAUCAAUAGUACUCAUCGGAGUGUUAUACUCUGACGGUCAUAUAGCAUGGGAGUUGCCCCACGCCGAUGGUGGCUGGCGACGGAUUGCUUUGGCGUUGUCUCGGUGGCGACGUAGGUCUUUCGGCCAGCAUCCUGACACGUUGCGUGCUACCGUACACGUCGAAGAACGCCCACAAUUGAAGGCUCUGGUCCACGUGCAUCACCACGUUUGGCGGCCCGCCGUUCUUGCUCAUCUGAACCUCACCGAAGUGAGUCACCGUGAAGGCUAUCUCGUCGCCAGGCUGAGGACUCGACGCGACAUCCUUCGAGACUACCCAGUACUCGGGACGAUCCAGCAACAGAUCGCUAUCGUCAGGUCUUCAGGCGUUAGUCGAGCUGGGUCGCAAGAAGUGAGACCCAGAGCCAGAGCACCGACGUACAUGGGUUCUGUGGCGAGGAUCUGCACGACCAAUCGCUCGCCCAGUAGCAGCGGCUGGCUUGUGAACGCAUAG